AACAUGCAUCACAGUUUGAAAUUGUGUCAACAAAUCACUGUGAAUAGAACGCAAAGACUUGUAUUCAUUCCUUCGAAUGUGUUUGGGGGGAAAAGUGAAAAAAUUGAUAAAUAAUUGUCAUUGAAUUAAAUGCAAAAGUGUAUUAGUAUCCUAUAGAUUGAAUAUUCCAAGAGGCAUUGUGUGUUGAAACUUUGCCUCGCACAUAUCCUUUGGGCUUUGGGUUGUUGUUGGCAUUCAAAGAAACAAACAAUUGAUUAACUAUAUUUUGCGUGCGGAACGGCAGCAUAGUGAUUCAUAAUUUUCUCGGCAAAGGAGAAAGUGACAAACGAUUAAAAAUACAAAAAUGGUACUGGCUGAAAGAAAUUCGGAGUUAGUACGCAACGGAAGAAGAUCCCGUGGUCCCAGUCCAAAUGGUCAUGGUGCCAGUUCGGGAAGUGCCAGUGGUACAGCAGCACCGGGUGGAACUGGAACACCGGAGACAUCAUCGGAUGAUGACAAUUCUAUAAAACGUAAUGGAAAAUCCAAAACUAAACAAAGCGAAUAUGAAGAAAAAAUUCGUGUUGGCCGCGAUUACCAAGCUGUGUGUCCUCCUUUAAUACCUGAACAAGAGCGUAAACCUGAAUGCCUUAAUGAUCGCGCUUUGCUGGUGUGGUCCCCUACAAAAGAGAUUCCAGACACAAAACUCGAAGAAUAUAUAUCAGUUGCCAAAGAGAAAUAUGGUUAUAAUGGAGAACAGGCAUUGGGAAUGCUCUUCUGGCACAAACACGAUCUUGAAAGAGCAGUUAUGGAUUUGUCAAAUUUCACACCAUUUCCCGACGAAUGGACCGUCGAAGAUAAAGUGUUAUUUGAGCAAGCAUUUCAAUUCCAUGGCAAAAGUUUUCAUCGUAUCCGUCAAAUGUUGCCUGACAAGUCCAUUGCUAGCCUGGUGAAAUAUUAUUAUUCCUGGAAAAAGACACGACAUCGUCAGAGUGUCAUGGAUCGCCAGGAAAAAGUUAAGGCUAGCAAAGAAGGUUCUUCAGAAAAUGGCAGUGAUAAUGGCAGUAAUGAAGAAUCCGACAAUGAUGACAAGUUACGUUGUGGCUUAAAUGUAGGUGUAGUGUUUUGAAGAAAACAUUAAAAUAAUAACAAAAGAAAACAAACCAUCCAUCACACAUUUUAUUUCUCAGCUUUUUUUUUUAAUUAGACACAAUUUUCCUUAUUUUCUUUUAAAUAAAUAUAUAUUUUUUUUGGAACAAAUUAUAAUAAAAAAGAGUAUAUAAAACAAAAACCAAAUAAAUUUAAAAAUGUGUUUAUUUGUAUUAUAUACUGUGGCUAUUAUAUAACAAAAAUAAUAAUUUAAACUCACAUACUCUUAUACAAAAAAGAAAUAAAAGAAAAAAAACAUUAUUGAGUAUAAAAAUUCAAAUUUAUUUAUAUUUCUAAAAAAACAAAUCAUUAAUACAUUUAAAUGGACUAUGAAAUGGCAAUUGUAAAUUGAUUUUUCAAAAAACAAAAUUUCAAUUGAAUAUUAAUUUUAUUUGGCGCAUUGUUCCAUUUUUAUGUUAAAAAAACAAAACAAACAAUAUUUGUAUACCUUUUAUUAAAAUAAUCAAGUAUGUCUUCAAAUUUGAGCGAAAAAAAUGUUUAACAUAACAACACAACUUGUAAAAAUUAUACAUAAACAAAUUCUCCAUAAAGUUAUAUUAUAAGUGCAAACAUGUUUUAGUUUAUUUUUCUUGGAAAAGAAAAUUCGAUUUUUCUUUAUUUUUUCUUUAUUUAUUUAAACACGCAACAUAUUAUUUGUAAUUUUUGUUUUCUAGAAAAUAGCUAAAUUGUAAAUUUGAAAUGUUUAUUUAAAUGGCACAACGUGAUAAAAUAUAUUUCUAAACAAUGUAAACUUGAAGUGAAUACCUAUAACUAUAUGAAGUUUGGUUAACACCAAUGUUCAUAUUCCUUCCAAGACAUAGAAGUAUAAAGAUGGGAUAAGACAGAGGCAAAAUAUGACAACCCUGUGAAAAAAAAACUCUGUUGCUGAUAACUGAUUUAAACGUCUAAGGCAAUAUGCAAUUAAUUGGGAAGGUCUAUGGAAUAGAAUCAAAGACAUAGAAGUAUAAAGAUGGGACAAGACAGAGUCAAUAUAUGGCAACCCUGUGAAAAUACCUCUGUUGUUACGAUAGCAUAACAUCAUAGUUACAAAAGGUUAACUGAUUUAAACCGCUAGAACUUUGGAACCACAUUUUUGGACUUUUCAAACUUUUAUUUGUCAUACGAUUCUGUAAUUGUGGUUUUUACAUUAACACUCUAUGUAUUGUAGAGACAAGCCUUUUGCUCGAAAUGCAUUUUGUCUAGUCUACCAUUUUAGGUAUUUGAUAGAAUUUUAAAAACCAAAUUGUUGGAUUAUUCAAACUUUUAUUUGUCAUUCUUUGGCAUAUUUGUGUUUUUAUACCCUCCUCCAUGGAGGGUAAAUAUUCAUGUCAGACUCAACAACAAAGUAUAUAUAUUCUUGAUCAGCGUAAAAUUCUAAGUCGAUUUAGCGAUGUCCGUCUGUCUGUUGUAAUGUCGCUAUCUUCGAACGAAUUGAGAUAGAAGGCUAAAUUUUUCACACAUGCAUAGUUUACCAGUAGGGAGGUUAAGUUCGUAAAUGGGCCAUGUAGGUCCACGUUUUCAUAUAGCUCCCAUAUAACGGUACCUUAUACCGAUAUUCGGAUUUUGAUGAUUUUGACGACAUAAUUCACCGGAAUUGUUUCAAAUUUGGUAUUUGAAGUUUGUAAAGGGCAUUACAGUCCAUGACAGAAAAUUGUCUGUGCAGGUCCACGUCUUCAUAUAGCCCCCAUAUAACGGAACCUCCCGAUAUUCGGCAUUUUGAUGAUUUUGGCGACAUUAUUCACCGGAAUUGUUUCAAAUUUGGUAUUUGAAAUUCGUAACGGAUACUACAGCCUAUGACAGAAAAUUGGCUGUUCAGGUCCACGUCUUCAUAUAGCCCCCAUAUAACGGUACCUUCCGAUAUUCGGCAUUUUGAUGAUUUUGGCGAAAUAAUUCACCGGAAUUAUUUCAAAUUUGGUAUUUGAUGUUCAAAACGGAUAGUUCCGCCAAUGACAGAAAAUUGUCUAUGCAGGUCCACGUCUUAAUAUAGCCCCCAUAUAACGGUACCUUCCAAUACUCGGAAUUUUGAUGAUUUUAGCGUCAUUAUUCAACGGAGUAGUUUCAAAUUACGUUUAUGCAGGUCCAUUUGCUUAGUCCAUAUUCUUUCCAACAUUACGGUCGGUAUCUUUCGAUUAAAUGUCUGCUUUCCAAUGCAUCAAUUGAAGCGGUUUUGUCUGUAUAGACAUGAGCUUUGGCAUAGCCCCAUAGAAAAUAACCAGAAGGCGUUAAAAUGCCCGUCCCGAACGUAAAAUAAACUUUUUACCGAACCGGUCCCUCAAUUAGUCCCUAGCUAUGCGUGCUGUGUGGCAUUUGGUGCCAUCUGGAGCAAGUUGAGUUAAGGGUCUAUGCUCGGAUCAUUAGGCGGCCAUUUUUAAUCUGAUUAGGGGAAAGUAAUUUCUUCGUGAGUGAAAUACCCGGUUAUUUGAAAUAGUCCCGCAGAAAAUAUCCAAAACGGCGUUAAAUUGCCGGUCCCGAACUUAAAAUUAACUAUUUACCGAAUCGAGAUUAAUACGGAUAUUAUUCUCGGUCACAAACUAAGUUGGAGAAAAAACAUUUAAAAUAAACUAUUUACCGAACCGAGAAUAAUAUGGAGGUAUAUUAUUCUCGGUCACCAACUAAGUUGCAGGAAACAUUUAGGAAUUCCUGUGAAAUGCGAUAUGUAAGUGGUUUGUUAAGAACCUAGUAUGUUUUUUUUGAGAGCUAUAGUACCGUGAUUUUUGAUGACUGUUUAAGAAAAUUGAAUUUGAUAGUAUGCUCCACAUAAUUUAAUUUUUAAAGAUUAUUUCAUGCAAAUGUUGACCGCAGCUGCGCCUCAAAUGGUCCAGCCGCUUAGUCCAAAUUUUGGCAAAACUCUUUUUAAAGAAUUAGGGAGGGAUUAGUGGUAUUGAUUCUCUUGAGACAUUCUAUUGUUUCAUUAUAUAUUUUAAUUAUUUUCGUUAGGUCCAUGACCACCUACAAAAUGUCGGCCAGUAAGCCCAAAUUUACAAAUUUUUGGAGGUCUGGUAAUUACCUCUAAUUUUUAUACCCUAAUCAAAUUGAGCACAAUUUUUCUUGGGUAUGGAUUUUAGACGCCCGAGUGCGUGACAGUUUGUAAUGUCAACAAUGCUAGUCUUGUCGAUUUUUCUGAAGUCCCUUUCACGACAGCCCCUAAAAUAAUUAAGAAAUACUAUUGUUGUGCCGCACCAACAUUUGGCUAUUUUCCUAAAAAACAAAAAACCAAAAACUUUACUUUUCACAAAAUUGAAUAUAAUAUUAAACGAUGAAGCUUUUUGUGGCUAAAUUCAAAUGAAUAAAAAUGCCAUAAACAUUUGUUUUUGCUGCCGCUGUUGGUUCCUAUUGAUAAUCAUCUAAUAUUAUAUUCAAUUUUCCAUUUCAAUUACACAACAGAUUUAGUUUUUAAAAAAAUAAUUUAUGUAACCAUUCACCACCACAAUAUGGUGGCCACCUACUGUGGUGUGGUGGUCCUUGAUGAAUGUAACAAUGACGUAAUACUAUAUUUUUCAUUAUUUAAGCAAGCAUCAAACUCAUCAUUUAUAGUAUAUAGUAUAAUUAUUGUUCCACACUGCUCUAUUUUUUUUAAACGAAAUUCUGAAAUUAAUUAUAAGCUAUUUUAAAUUAAAACUAGAUUUUAGUACAAGACUGUUUAUAUAAA